CCUUUGGUGAGGAUUUGUAUUAUAUUGUCACAAAAUAUUCUGGCUCCCUCUUAUUACAGAAGAAGUAUAAAGAUGUGGAACCAAAUCUAAAGAUCGAAGAGGUGGAUGGCUUGCAGCUGGUAAAGUUAUUCUCUAAAGAAAUGGCAAGGAUGCUAUAUAGAAAAGUAGAAGCUGUUAAGCGGUUAGUUGAAGCUGCAGAAGACGCAGAUGUUUAUCAUGAGUACAACUCAUCAUUACAGUUUGAUUAUUACAAUGCUGUGUUGAUUAAUGAAAAGGAUGAAAAUGGUGAUUAUGUGUCACUUGGGAAGGAAUUCAUUCUGGAACCAAACGAGCAUUUCAAUAAUUUGCCAGUGAACACAACAUCCAGUAAUAUACAGCUUCCAACCAAUGUCUACAACAAAGACCCUGACAUUAUAAAUGGAAUUUACAUGUCGGAAGCCUUGGAUGCUGUUUUUGUGGAGAACUUUGAACGAGACCCAACUCUCACAUGGCAAUAUUUUGGCAGCACAACAGGCUUCUUCAGGCUUUAUCCAGGAAUAAAAUGGAUACCAGAUGAAAAUGGAGUCCUUUCCUUUGACUGCAGAAAUCGAGGCUGCGAACAUGACAGAGGUCUUCUUUAUUCGUACAAUGACUAUGUUCAUUACAUUGAAUCGUGUUUCAAGGGAAUCCUGGUUCAAGCUGACAGAGAUAACAGGGAGCAUUUCAAGCAGCUGGUUCACGAGUUACAAGCAAAAGGAGUCGGGAAGGUGAACAAAGCCCUGACUGAAUCCUUCAAAAUCCUGAGGGAGUUCAGAGAUGCAGGACAAGGAGGCCUUUGCAACCAAGCUAUCAUGCUGCUCACCGAUGGAGCUAUGGAAGAUUAUGAAUAUGUCUUUGAAAAAUUCAACUGGCCUGAUCGUAAGGUCCGUGUUUUUACAUACCUUAUUGGGAGGGAAGUCAGCUUCGCACAGAAUGUGAAAUGGAUAGCUUGUAACAAUAAAGGCUACUACACACAGAUAUCUACUUUGGCUGAUGUGCAAGAGAAUGUCAUGGAAUAUUUGCAUGUACUUAGCCGGCCAAUGGUUAUCAAUCAUGAUCAUGACAUCAUAUGGACAGAAGCCUAUAUGGACAGUGCUCUCUUUGCCUCUCAAGCUCAAAGUCUCUUGCUUAUGACAACAGUAGCUAUGCCUGUCUUCAGCAAAAAAAAUGAAACGAGAUCACACGGCAUCCUUCUGGGUGUAAUCGGAUCCGAUGUUCCACUUAGAGAACUCCUUAAGUUGGCUCCACGAUACAAAUACAAAGAAGGAAAAAAGCUGAAGCCCAAACCCAAUUACAACAGCGUCGACCUUUCUGAAGUAGAAUGGGAAGAUGUAAAUGAAACUUUACGAACAGCAAUGAUCAAUGGAGAAACUGGUUAUUUGUCCAUGGAUGUGAAGGUUCCCAUGGAUAAAGGAAAAAGAAUUCUGUUCCUCACUAAUGACUAUUUCUUCACUCAUAUCAGCGGCACGCCAUUUAGCUUGGGAAUUGUUCUGUCACGAGGAUAUGGUGAAUAUGUGCUGCUUGGGGACACUUCAGUGGAAGAAGGUUUGCAUGACCUUCUGCAGCCAGAUUUGACCUUAGCCAACGAGUGGAUUUAUUGUGUUACAGAUAUUGAUCCAGCUCACAGAAAGCUCAGCCAGUUGGAGGCUGUAAUCCGUUUUAUUACAGCAGAAGAACCUGACCUUGAAUGUAACGAAGAGUUAGUUCAACAGGUUCUCUUCGAUGCCGUAGUUACAGCACCGAUGGAAGCUUAUUGGACGACCUUGGCCCUCACCAUGUCCAAUGAAACUGAAGAUGGUGUGCAGAUGGCCUUCAUGGGAACUCGGGCUGGUCUCAUGAGGAGUACCCUUUAUAUAGGAACAGAAAAACUAUCUAACAAGAACUUUUUGACCAGUUAUGAUAAGGAAAGCAUUUUCACCAUGGACCACUUCCCUCUUUGGUAUCGCCGAGCAGCCGAACAUCCUCCAGGGAGCUUCAUUUAUAGCCUUUCUUUUGAAGAAGAAGCAGCCAAAAGAAUGCCACCCUUGUUCAUUAAGCAGCUUUUUGAAAAUUCAAGAAUAUCCCAAUGUUUGUAG